UAUGCAGGCAGCUGAGCCCAGUCUUGCAGUCUUGUGCAUUCUCAGGGACGUGCCUGGAGUGGACAAAUCAUGCUCAUUGGGUGGGAGAGGGACUUAGCGCUGUACCCAAGAUGAAGGAGGAGAGGAGGACGACUUCCUCGAAAGAAGACACAGCCAUUCCUUCGCACUUUUCACUCUUCGGCCUCCUCCUACUUUUCCAGGCAGUCAGAGUGGCCGGCGUCAACAUCACCAGUCAGGCUCAUCUGGUCCGAGGCACGUUGGGUGGAGAGGCCUUCCUCUCCGUCAGCUACACCAGCACGAGCUCCGACCAACCGGUCAUCAAGUGGCAGCUGAAGAGGGACAAGCAGCAGCCCAUCACCGUAGUCCAGUCACUAGGCACCAGCAUCAUCGGGAACCUGCGGCCCGAGUACAGGGACCGCAUCAUGGUGUUUGAGAACGGCACCUUGCUCCUCCACAACCUGCAGCUGUCUGACGAGGGGGCCUAUGAAGUGGAGAUCUCCAUAACCGAUGAUGCCUUCACUGCGGAGCGCAACAUCAACCUCACCGUAGAUGUACCUGUGUCCAGACCCUACGUCCAAAUGAUAGCCUCCUCGGUGCUGGAGUUGAGUGAACUCUUCACCUUACACUGUUCCCACGGCGAUGGCACCAAGCCCACCUAUGGCUGGCUGAAAGGGGGAAAGGUGCUGACCAACGACUCGCGCCUGCUCCUGUCACAUGACCAGAAGUAUCUGACCAUCGCCCGGGUGCUGAUGUCAGACGAUGACAUCUACAGCUGUACGGUGGAUAACCCAAUCAGUAGCAUGAGGAGUGUGUCUGUCAAACUCACCGUCUACAGACGGAGUUCCCUGUAUAUCAUUCUUACCACCGGGGGCAUUUUCCUCCUCAUCACCCUGGUGACAGUGUGCGCCUGCUGGAAGCCCUCUAAAAAGAAGAAGCGGCGGGCUGCCAUGGCAGCCAUGUUGCAGAGAUCUCCGGUAUAUGUAGAGAGGAGUGACAUCAGUCACGGGGUUGACGUGGUGCCAAAAACAAUAGCCCACGGAACCCAUGGCCGUAGGAGCCCUAUGGCUCUUUAUGUUGUCAAUGAAGAUGAGAGUCUUGAAGGUGAGGAUGAUUGUUCAGCCAACUCCAUCAGCCCCUCAGACCUCGCCCCUUCUGGUUACCCCAGCCCCCUCCCACCAUCCUCCCACUCACCCGAAGCACCCACCCGGCCGGUUCGCAAAUACCCUCGUACCCCUGUGCCCUCACCCCCUCCCACCCCACUCAAGCCCUCUGCUCAGCCACCUGUCCUGCCCUCAGCUCCACCCCCUGGAUCACCUCCACAUGUCCAGAGCUCAGCGUGUAAACUCCGCCCUCCUGUGGGCAUCCCCACCAAUCAACAGACAGAGGAGCCCCCGGCUACCUCAGAGGCCGACGACCGGGAUUAAUGUCUGAAUGACCACCCUCACUCACCUAUCACUGCUACUACUGUAGAAUUCAUCCACAUCUAACCAUGGAAAUGUGUCGAUUAUCUUGUCUGUUUGGCUGGGUUUUGGUGUAAAGAUAUUUGCUGCGCCAGGAUCAACUGCUCUGAUCAUGGUUUCCCUAUACCCCUGGAAAAAAUGGUACGUUGUUCUUUUUUCCCCACCAAGGUUUAAAAACAUGAAGCAUCAUCCAUACUGCACAACACUGCUUUGAGAUUAUUUCAGGUGUGAAUAAACUUGGACCAAUGGCC